AUGGACUCGACCGAGGACUACAAGAAGACGCGCGAGUCGUUUGGUGUCUUUUCUUGGGCGACAAAAGCCGUUGCGGUCGGUCGUCCGUCGGCAGCAGUCUUGGGUGCCGUUUUGCUCGUUUGCUGUCGUAAAGUGUUCGUUCGGAAGAGAAGGCGGCGAGCGAUUGUCUCCUGGGUCUCGAACCAUCCAAAGGUGCUGGUACCAAGCACCGACGGACCAUCACUUGCUAUCGAUGUCAUCGGCAAGGGCACAUUGCUCGGUGUUGUCCGGGAAACGGGCAAGGGGGGCGAGAAUUCCCCACAACCCUGGAUAAUGGCGCAGCGUUUUGUGGAGAGGUUUGCCGCGUUUGCAAAGAUGCGGAAUGUACAAAUACGAUUUCGCUGUGCCCACGUGCCAUCGGGGAAUGGGAUAAUUGAGAGAUCCCAUCGUACAAUAAAGCGCAUCGCGACAAGAACACGGUGUUCAGUUUUGGAAGCUCUAUAUUGGCACAAUGUUACCCCAAAGGACAAUAAAACAGAUCCAACUGCACCGGCGAAUGCAACCUACACCUACAGGGUCUGCAUUAAGGGUAUUGACGCAGCUUUGGUGCGUGACGACACAGUUGCCAAUCCUUAUACGGUAAGGACUGUCUGGGUGAAAAAUCCGCACGGAAGGUGUACGAAACAGUUCAACAAGGAUACAGUGACACAAAUUAAUAGUCCACACUCCGUCUCUGUUGAUGGAAUACCGCACCACAUAAAAGAUGUGCGUCCAGCGUGCGGGAAGGAUUAUUCCGUCAGCAACCACGUUAGUUCUUCUUCUUCUUCUGGUUAUGAUGAUGAUGAUGAUGAUGAUGGUGAUGAUGCAGCCCUGAUGGUAUAUAUAAAAUCACAAGAAGAGCACACCUCAGAGAGUAGUGCGCCUGAUGAACCUAUGUUGGAUGAGCUCAGCGAGACGUUUGAAGAGAGCACCACUGAGGAAGCGCUUGAGACCAUACCACUGACACGGAGCACCAGGCAAAAACUGCCUGCCCCACAUUGCCAUUUGUGUGAUCUCGCGAUCAGGGAGGAGUGUAACGAGCAUGCGCGGAAGCGUCCUUGA